AUAACCUUAUAUCGUUCGCUUUCUCAUAAGAAAAAAAAAAAAAAAACCCCAAUCUUGAUUACUAAAUUGAAGGGAUUAAGCUACUGGAACUUGAAAGAAGAUUAAAAUCGUCAUUCUGAUUACUAAAUUGAAGGGUAUGGGGAAAACUAUUGGGAGAAGAUUAUAAAUUAUAAUCAUCGUUUGGAUCUGCAGCAACAGCAGAAGAAGAAGAGAUAUGGCGAAAGAAAGCGUUUUUGGCGAGCAAGUGGAAGCUUCCGGCGACUAUGAGGUUCUUUUGAAAACUCUUCAGCAGCUUGGUCGGCGGAGUGAGAUCCUGGACCUGUUAUCUGAAGGGUUCUGUACACGGUGCAGGGGCUUGUUGCAGAGCCGUUUUGAGAAUCUCUCUAAUGGAAAAUUUGAUAUGACAUCUUCAGAUGUUAAUUACUCUGAGAGCUCAGCUGAUUCCUGUUCUGUGGAUUCAUCGAGCUUUUGUUCACCAGGGAAGACACCCACAUCUUCCAGAAAGAAUCCUCAUUUGCAUGAGAACUCUGCCCAGAGCUUAGCACAAACUCCAGAGCCUGUCUCUUCUUCGGGGCACCAAAUGAGUUAUUCUGAUUCCUUGCCGGCAUCGGUAGAUAGUCGACAACAUUCAUCCAUUGAAUCUGAAGCUGGUAAUGAAUUAAAUGACAUGUCACGAGUUAGGAGGAAGAAAGAUUUUGUGCAUAUAGAGAGCAUAAAUGGGAGGCCAGUAAAUAUAGUAAAGGGGCUUGAGCUUCAUACCGGGGUUUUUAAUAUGCUGGAACAGAAGAAGAUUGUUGACUAUGUCUAUAAUCUACAACGUCUAGGACAAGAGGGGCAACUUAGAGCACGUACGUAUACAGAGCCGAAGAAGUGGAUGCGUGGUAAAGGACGAGUUACAAUUCAAUUUGGUUGUUGCUACAAUUAUGCAGUGGACAAAAAAGGGAACCCUCCUGGUAUAAUCCGAGAUGAAGAAGUUGAUCCCAUGCCUCCCUUGUUCAAGACCAUGAUCAAAAGAUUGGUCAGAUGGCAUGUCCUGCCCCCAACAUGCAUUCCGAAUAGUUGCAUUGUUAACAUAUAUGACGAAGGGGAUUGCAUCCCUCCUCACAUCGAUCACCAUGAUUUUCUGAGGCCUUUCUGUACUGUAUCAUUCCUGACUGAAUGCAACAUAUUGUUUGGUUCAAACCUAAAGAUCGAGGGUCCUGGAAUAUUCUCCGGUCCAUUUUCCAUACCUUUGCCUGUCGGAUCAGUACUAAUCUUGAAUGGGAAUGGUGCCGACGUAGCUAAACAUUGUGUUCCGGGUGUGCCUGCCAAAAGGAUCUCCAUCACAUUUAGAAAGAUGGACGAUAGCAAAAUGCCAUUCAAGUUCAAAUCUGACCCAGAGUUGCAGGGCCUUCAGCCUCUUUCUUACUCCCCUACGACGAAGUCUCCAACUCAGCAGGUUCAACGUCCAAAUCUUAUGUAUCAAAAUAAGAAAGCUUCGAGCAAUGAGUCUAAGGGUAUUCUGGAGACGGCUACUAGCAGUUCUUUUCACUUUGCAAACCAAGAUUUUCCCCCACUUGGUGGUUCAAACUCAAGUAGCAGUUCAAAGCCUAACAAGAACAGGUUACAUUGACAGCAUAUAUAUAUAUAUAUAUAUAUUUAUUCUUUCGUUGAUGGAUUCUUCUUUUACUGUAUGGGGUUCCACCCCAAAUCAUUUAUUUUGUAUUAACCCAUGUAUCACCAUGGUAGUUUUUUUUUUUUCUUUGUCGCUAUUUUUUUUGGAUCAUAAUUUAAAUUUUGUUAUUUGAAUAUUUAAAGCUUAUGAAUAAAUUUUGUUUGAACAAA